AUGGACGUGAGCUUCGUGUGCUCAGGGGAGGCGGAGCCCUUCGAGAUGGAGGUGGGCUUCUUCGACACCGUGCAGGACAUCAAGGAGAAGCUCCAGAGCCGCCGGGGCUGGCCCGCCGCCUCCAUUUCGCUCCUCCACAACGGCGACGUGCUCGCGGACGACGUCUACGGCGGCGGCGGCAUCGAGCGGCACGGCAUCGUGGAAGGCUCCGUCAUCCACGUCGCCCUCGUCCCCGACGGGCCGCGACUGCAGCCGCAGCGGGUGAAGCGGAGCAGACCGGCGAGCAAGAGUCGGGGCGAGGAGGGCGCCGCGCGCGCGCCGCUGCUGCGGGUGACCGUGGUGUCGCGGUGCGGCGCGGGGCGCAUGGAGGUGGCCGUGGCCGCGCGCGCCGCGGUGUCGGCGCUACGGGCGGAGCUGGAGCGCGCGCGCGGGGCCCGGUUCCCGCUGCCGGGCGACGGCGCCUACUUCUUCAUACACCGGCAGAGCGUGAUGGACGAGGCGCGCUCCUUCGAGUGGCACGGCGUGGCCACCGGCGACGAGGUCGUCGUGUUCGACGGUUCCGUGACGAGGGCCCCAGCGUACUGAGCCGAAAGUACGGCAUGGCGCCGCCAAUUAACUCCAGUUUACAGCUCAGACAAUACAGAAUGGACGGCAACAUUAGCUGCUGUUAACUCGAGUUUAGUUACAACUAGCUGGAGAUAGAUUCCUCAAUUGCUUUCAGUUCUUUGUGUACGCAUGCAUGGCUGUUGGAACUUGGAAGUCCACCUCGUGGUAGCCGGCGCGCUCAAAAUGGGCGGCGCUUGCACACGUGCACGCCGUCGCCGUUAUCCUAAGCGAGCAGCCGUGCGACUUGCGAGACCCCAGGUUUACUUCUGAUUUGUGCCCCCAAGGAGACAACACAGUCUUCAGGCAGGCUUCAGUAGUUCUAGACUUCCAGGAACAAGGUCUUUCCUGAUAUCAGAA